AUUCUACGAGGCAACAGGUGCUAUGGUGUAGCAUUAUAUCCAUUCCUAAGAGAUUUUCCUCUUGGCCUACCGUCCCCCAUCCUCCCACCAGGCUAUCAUCAUCUUCUAGCCCGAGAGAGAGAGCGCAUUUCGUGGUGGCGGUUAAAGCUUCUACGAGAUAGUAAGUCCUAUGGUGUAGCACUAAAGCCAUUCCGUAUAGAUUUGCCACUUGGGCCAUCGUCCCCCGUCUCUACCCCUGCACACUUCAGCCGACGACCCCCGAUGGGGGGGGGGGGGGAAAGGGUCAUUUCGCGGCGGCGGCGGCGGGUGCGAGCGCACCGCCAGCGUUGUAAUGGACCGCGCCCCUCCGCACCACUGCCGCCGCCGCCGCCGCCGCCGCACCGACCUUAUAUGAGGGCAAUCGGCGACGCAGCGCCAGUCGCGCAGGCGCAGGGGGCGGCGGAGGCGGAGGCGGCUGGCGCAGCAGCCUCCACUCUCGCACCGCCGCCGCGUGGACCACAGCAGCCUUGCCCGGCGGCGCCAGAAGCAGCGCCGACUGCGGGCCUCUUCUCUGCGGGCGGUGUUCCUCAGGUGUGUUUUAAUUUUCAUCUCAAUUUUCACUUGAAUAAUAGUGUUGACGAA